AUUACAGCCGGUUAAGGAAAUGAGAAUGGCGCAAUAUUUUAUUCUUGGGCUCUGUCUCCUUUUACAAUUAGAUUCAACGAGCUCUUUGCGAGCGAGUGCGGUUCGUGAACUGAGUGGAUUGUAUUCGAAUACGAAGCACUACUCAUCAUCGCUGAAUGCUGGCACGGACGCCACCGUACUUCCCAAAAUCUCUCCAGCAUGUCAGAAAGCCUUAUCUGGUAUCCGCAAGCAAGGGUUGAUUGGAAAAUGUAGGUGAUAAAAUGUUUUGCCAUUUUCUACACACGUAAGAUAUUGGGAAGAUCGCAUUCAUCAAGAAAGCUGAAAGGUACUCUGCCAGAGUAAAUUUAAGAUCGUUGCAAACGUAUUUGAAAGAGAGCUUAGUAAGUAACAAUUACUUAUUUCGUAACUCUAAUAUGGGAAACUCUUUGGUAUCGUUUUACUGAGUGGAUUGAGCUUUGUAGCGUUUUUUCCGACACAGUUUGGAGUCUUUGAAGACUUUUCGAAGCUUCCGGCGGAAAAAGCGAGUCUUCGGAAUCCCGCGAUAUUUAACUAAAACAAAAACACAGCAUAGUGACCUUGGAGCUGGCAUACGAUCAUGGUUUGUCCAGUUUAAUCCCCGCUUAUGAUAUGAAAUCCUACCCACCAAUUGCCAUAUAUUUCUUGUAAUUCCAACUCAAAGAAUACGGUGUCAAAUCGAACACUAUCCUGCGAGUUGAUAGUUUACAUGUACUUUCUUCUCGUUGUCUUCCUGUAUGACAAUUUAUUGCAAAUAUAUGGAGAAAUUCCCUUUUAGCCACUCCUGGUAGUGGCAGGGCUGUUAAGCCUACUUGUAUGGUCCAGAAUCAGUACCCUAUCAUAUUUUGUUCACAAGUUAGUACUUCCAAGAAACUAGGAAACUAGGCAACACAAAAAUCAAUUCUAAAAGCCAGUUAUAAACCUAUUCAGGUGGCUGGUAGCUGGAAAGGUGACUUUUUUACACUUGUAUUUUUCUGCUGGCUUUUUCUCUUUUCGACAGAAAUAAUCAGAGGACAAAUAUUGACAGAAGUGGGGGUUGUUAUGUUAAAAAUGCAAAUACAUUAAAAAUGCCAAUACGUGAAAAAUGCAUGUGUGAAAGCAAAAUGGGAUGUAAAAUAGCCAGUACUAUCAAGCAAAGAUUAAUGGGUGAAUUAUAAUACCUGGUACAGUAUGCCUGAUAUUUAUUCUUCAUUGUCAGAUAUUGAUGCAACGGGGAGACCAAACAGUGGUCUUACCCUGGGUAACCUGGUAUGGCUUGGGUCUUAUGCAAGAUGCAAAACUAUUCCUGGAGCACACUACUGCCUAGCCCCAAGUGUCACUUUCACAAUAAAUUCUGGAGGAAAUAUUACAAAAAUCCCGGUAAACAAACAACUUGUUUGUGCUAUAGAUAAUGAAUUAAUGACAAAUAUCAUUUCUCUUACUAGCUAACUCUUGAUUUUUAUGGCUAGGUUACACGUAGUAUGGAGAAAACCUGUUCUGAUUGUAGUGUGGGUCCAUUAACCCACAACUCUCUCACCCCCAGGAUCCUAUUAGUAAUUUUCUUACUAUCUACCGUGCAAUUCUGAUGAUGUUAGUUUAGAGAAUUUGGUAUUGGAUCAAGUGAUAUUCCCCAUAGUGCUAACUUUCUCCUUUUUCAUCUCUUGCAUGCUUGACAUUGUAUUGACAUUGUAAGGAGAUAUUCUAGAUUGGUUGCUCAUGGGAGCUUAAGGGUUAGACUCCCAAGAUCUGAUUGCCAACUAUCCCCUCUAGCAGCUACACAUUUUUAAUGCAAAUUAGUCACAAGAAUUUGGUGUUGGCUCAAAGAUAAAGCUUUUAUGUCAGUUUGAGUUUUCUCAUUUUCUCAGUACUUAUCAUUACCCCAUCUGAAAAACAGUUAUAGGAUAUUCUUGCCUUCCAAUAAUACCCGCCAUCUUCAAUGCCCUCCAUCUUUUCUACCUAAGGAAGACUUAAGAGUAUCAAUGUAAUAUGCAACAAAAGAAUUUUUAGGAUGCCAAUGUGAAAAAAAAGUGCAGAAUCUCUAGGAGAAAAUUAAGUUGUAGAAUUUCACCUAUACAUGAAAUUCAAUCUCAACUCCUUGUUCAGUGAAGUCUGUUGUAUCUAUGAGAAGAACUUUAUAUUGUGUUGAGUGGCUGCAGUAUAUGAUGUUCUGUUUCUGGUUUAAUAGUAUGUCUCCUGGGGCCUUUGUGUUCCGUCUGCCUGUACUGAGGAGGAUAUUGCCUUGGGUAUUGGCAUCAUUACCAAAGGUUAGUUCUAUAUCCUUACUUUGGGUAAACAUACACUUGUGGAAUAUGUUGGAAAACCUUUUAAAUCAUGAACUAAAAGCUAUUAUAAACAGACAACUUUACUUUUGACUGUUGCCCUCAUGGCUAAAAACUGCAGAAAAACCCCUCUCUUCCAGUUCCAGAGAGUAAAAUCAUCCUUCAAAGACAGCUUUUUUUAAUCUUUAUAAACUUAACUAUAGAAAUAUAAGUUUAUGUGGAUUAAACACGAUGAGAUACAGAAAAAAAAUUCUCACUAUCCUUUUUUAGAUAGAGAUAACAAACUUAAUCUAAUGAAUGUGGAUUUUAACUGUGACAACUACUGUAUCCUCAUCUACUGCAACCAUUUUGAAUCAGUAAUUGGAACCCAGGGACAGCCAAUCAAGAAAAAAUUGGAACCAGGAACAAACUCAACUCACAUGUAACACUAGGUCAGAGUUUUGAACCUGGCUAACCCCUCUGGAAACAAAAGUUUACUAUACCAGAUUUUUGCAUCACACAAAGGAGAAAACAUUCCUAAAAUUUUCGAUUUGGGUCCUCAGCUUGUACUGGGUGUCCUGCAUAUACAGGGGCAAUUUUCAUGGAUACAAAUUGCCUUGUUUUCAUUUAUUAUUAAUGAAAAUAGUAUCACUUCUCAUGUACUGUUAUUUUUUGUUUUCUAGUUGUGUCACAAUAUCUGCCCCAUCUGCCCAAUUUCCCUACGGGAAACAUCACCUUGGAUGGUGUAUUCUGUGCUCACAAAUCCAAGUGGACUACUGGAGCCAUAAUAACUCUGUAAGUUCUGCACAUUUAAAUACUUGUUUUUAAAGAUAAUUAAAAUUUUGCUUCUAUAAGACCUAUCUUGUUCAUGUCAAGACAAUAGUUCAAAAAGAUGUAAAAGUAAUGGCCAGCAGUAAGUUUAAUUUCAAAAUUUAUCAUCUAAACGGGAGAGAAUCAUAGUUCACUGACUUUUUCUAGGAAUUUUUCAAUGAAUUUUUUGCUGGUAGUAUUGAUUUCUAAAUGUAUUUGUUGUUGAUAUCGUAAAAAUUGUUUUUAGUCAGAUCUUGGAUCUUUAUGAAGCUAAUUCAGUAAUCCUGCUGCUUUCUUGUAUUAGUGUACUCUGCGUUAUCAUAGCAGCCUUGUGUUUGGUGGGGACUUUGGUCGACAUGUUUGUGGUGCAGCAGGUGUGGAAAUUUUGGGUCACAUCUACAGAAUACAACAGAGAUAGAGUUGGUGGCUCAAAUGAAGAUGAAUUCUUGCCCAAUGGGUUAUCCCACCACCUGAAAGCAGAAGAAGCACCAUUACUCAGUUCUUAUGGCUCAUCUAGCCCUGGGUCAAGUACUCCCAAUAUUCAGAUUAGACAACCUUUAAAAAUUGAAGAUAGAGGUAAAUUCACAAACUACAUGUAGUGGCAAAGUCUGACCCAAAAACAUUAUAAUAAAUUUUAUGGUAGCCAAGGCAUUAAAAAUUUUUGCAUACAAAUACUUCUUACUUACCUGCUGGCUUCAAAUUCCAAUGAGUGACAAACAUGUAAACUUAAAAAAAAAUCUUCCAACAUUAAUUUUCAAAGAUAGGUUCUACCAUUUUGAAAGUAACUUGGCUUUACUUUGCCAGCUGACCAAACCCAAUGUUAGAUAUCAACCCAAACAAUGGGGACCUUUUCUCAACUUGGCAAAGACUUGUUGUACACACCAGUAGUGGCUCUUUAGUAGCUUCUAAUCUUUCAAACAGACUGGUGAGAGAUGGGUAAAAAGUUGUUGCCAAGGUGUCUUGUAAAAAAAUGCUCGGCAAAGAGACAGUAACUUUAUGCAAACAAAAAGCUCAAUAGAUCAAAUAUGGUUUGCAUGAUAAGGGAAAUGUUGUUGAAAAAAGACUUGCAUCACUAAAAACAUUUUUUUAGUAUAUGUGUAUGAGUUUUAAUUGCUUACAAGAAUUAUGAUAUGCAUGAUUGGUGCAGUAUGAUUUGGUGGCAUAAAUUUUCCAUGACUCCUUUUCACUGCAAAUUCAAUGUCUUGUGAAAGUAUUUUAUUAGUAACUCUGAUUCUCAGGUGGGUAUAAAUAACAUAAUUAUAAUAGACUUUGUGAGUUUCAUUAUACGAUCCUCUACUAUGCUGAGGCCAAACCACUCCCAGCACCUGGUGUAAUGAAAUUAUGGUAGAGAUGUGACUACUUAUAAUCUUAUAUCUUCUGAAUAGUUUAACCUUUUGAUGUGACCAAGUCAGAAUUUCUCCUUACAGUUUCAGUUUGAUAUCAUGCAGAAAAGUGAUGUGAAUAAAGAAAAAUGAUCAUUUAGGGGGUUAUAAGUUGUUCCAAUGUCAAAUUCUUCAAAAUGAUUUCAUAAGAAUUGCAUGACUGACAGUAAGGAGAAAUGAGAUGUUGGUUAGUGAAAGGGUAGUGAAAGAGCUGAGUAAGUAAAAACUUAUUUUAGGGUAUUCAUCCAAAGAUUACUUUUCUAUUGAUUGACCAUGCUUGUGUUUCUGUCUCUCAAAGGAUUUGUGGUCAGUUUCCUGGUUUGUUUCUCAAUAAUACGGAACACUACAAAGAUAAUGAACUGUUCUGUGCCAGCUGGGACUAUUUCAGCCAUCAAUGGAAUACGAGUACUUAGCAUGUGGUGGGUCAUAAUGGGCCACACCUACCUAUGGCUUAUAAUUUACAGAACACUAAGUGAGUCAAAUUUCAACUCUCUGGCUAUAAUGAUUUUCAAUUGGUAAUUACACUGAGAGCUGUAGUGACAUUGGUAGUGUUUGUGAUAAUUGCAUAAUUAAUCCCACAAAAAAUGGAUCAGUUUGUAAAACAAGGAAAAAAGCUGUCAGUAUUAACCCAUGUGUAGCUAAGAAAUAAUUUUGGUUAAAAAUAUAAACAUAUGAAACAACUUACACUCCUUGCAACUGCAUAUAUCUCAGUAAAUGUCCUUUGGCUGUCUGUUGUUUUUGCAACAAAAUGUAAAAUAAAUGUAAAAUUUGAAAAAGUAACAGACAUUUUGUAAAGCUACAUGUAGGUUAGCUAUUGGAAAUUAUAAGAAGCUAGUAAACAUAAACAAUUUGGCACUGAAAUUUCUCAUAUAAGAGUUGUAUUGACUUGAAAUUCUCAGUAUGUACUAUUUACAGACUGUAGACCAUGUAGCUACUUCUAGUGGCUGCCAUUUUGGAUGAGGUUGUACGUAAAGACAAAUGCCACAAAAUUCCAGCAAGUUUGGAACAGCUUUCAUUGUAUAUGUUUUUUAUUACUUUGCAGAUGAUUUGGCCCUAGCAUUCAACAUUUCUCACAGGUUUUCCUUCCAAGCUGUAAAUAAUGCUUUCUUCUCUGUUGACAGUUUUUUCGUUCUGAGGUAAGACAAAAUCUCUAUCCAUAUCAUAAAUGUAAUGUGAAAUCUCUCCCUUAGUGGUCACAUGCAGUCAGGACAUGUAAAUUCACAAAUAAAUGUCUUUCAUGAUUUGAUAAGGCAAAUUUGAGACAAAAAUAAUUGAGUAUCAGUUCAUAUACAAGCCUCUGCAGAAUAUUGCAGCUGCCUGUUAUUGUGUACUUAUGAUAGUUUUCUCAGAGCAGCUCACAAGUUUAAAUUAUGAUUUGAACCACAGUACCAUAUGUCAAUUUUUUCAAUCUUUAAUGUUAUUAAAACUAACUGACAAGGGUUAAUCUCAGAUUUGUAACAAGACUGCAAAAGGGCCACCUUUUUACAAAGGUUGAAAUAUCGUAUAAUACUAAACAAGUGUCACGCAGACACAUUUGUAUUAGGUGUCUCUUCAAUUUCUAGUAAUCAAUUUAACGGGUGAAGUUACUUCUUUGUACAACAAAUAUUAAUAUUAUUGUUUAUUUAUGCUGAAAUGUUCAUCUAGGACCUUAUAAUCUCCCAGAUUUCCAUUCUAAAUUUUUGUGGAAAGAAUGUGGCCUACAGCCGUGCCUAAAAUCCUUGGUUUAGAACAUCCCACUCUUUUUGAAAGAGUAAUUUAGUGUUAACAACUGAGUUGAAAACGUAAAUUAGCCACCGUAAAGGGUGAAAAAGCUGACGUUUCGAGCGUUAGCCCUUCGUUAGAGCGAUCGGAGGAACUGUGAAAUUCGCAGGAAAUACAGAAAAAUUGCUCUGACGAAGGGCUAACGCUCGAAACGUCAGCUUUUUUACCCUUUACGGUGGCUAAUUUACGUUUUAAACUUAGUUGUUAACACUAAAUUACCUGCUAUACUCACCCACCGACGCAGCACCACAGUUUCUUUAGAAACCUACCCCUUUAUUUUUCAAAGAGUGUUCGCUAUGUCUGCGAAAACUUGGAAUUGGUAUUACCCCUCCCCUUCACCCCUUUUCAAGAACGGGUAUCACUGGAACACAUGAUGUAUAGUAUUGGUCCCCGUUUAAUCACUCGAACGUGAUCUUAAGUAGAUGUUUUCGUGUAAAUGUUGUAUUGCAAUGCAAGGGAAAGAUCGUAAUUAGGCGUGAUUCAGGAAAAAAUUUGACUGAGGGCCCACAUCUUCUAUUUGAAAGGUCUAGAGUGUUAAAUUGUUCUGUUUGCAGUGGAGUGCUCGUGGCUUACGUUUCCUUUCGACGCAUGGACAAGAAUGAGGGGAGAUUGCCAUUAUUUCAAUUUUAUUUUCACCGAUUUUGGAGGUAAUGUAAAUAUUCAUUAUAAAUGAACCUUCAAUUAGAACAAAGAGCGCUACUUCGAAUUUUGGUCACCAAAACAAAAGUUUGCGAUAAAAAGCAUCUUUAUGCUAGCCUUUGCUCAAAAGUUCAAUUAUGAAAGACAAUAAAAAAAUUAUCCACGCGACUUGCUUGGCCUACCUGGCAUGUAACGAACACGAAAGGUUUCAGGCUUUCGUGUGAACUGCGUUCGUUGCGUUUUGAUUAAAGCCUCGAUGCGUUUGACAAAAUAAAUGGUUGGAUAACAGAAGUCAGGCAAAUAAUUCAGGAAAGUAUUGAACUGAAGAAAAAAAAUCGACUGGACAACUGAACGACUUAAAUGGUUCUUGCUGGAACCCCGCCAUAGCCUGAUCAUUGCCUGCUCAUUCAACGAGUGUUUUUUAUCAUCGACGGUACAUGGUGUUAAUUGCCUUAUCAAUUUCUAAGAUUUUCUCAACCUUUCCUUUUCACUGAAACUAGCAAUUUGAAUCAUUGUAUCAAUGAAUGCGCAGCUUUUACCCAGCGUAUGCACGAAGCACUUUAGAAGAGCCCCAUACCUAAAAGAAAAUGAUGACCCGUCAAAUAGGGUUAUUUUAUUGAAAUUUAAGAUGAAACUACUUCCAAUAAAUUUCUUCCACCUUGCAGGUUAACCCCGGCUUACAUGUUCGUCAUUUUGUUUUAUGCCAAUCUCACUCCAUUUCUUGGCGAGGGACCACUUUGGUAUGGGAUCCAAAAAAAAACACCGUGUCAUGAUUACUGGUGGACAAAUCUUUUGUACAUCAACAAUUUCUAUCCUAAAACCUUAGCUAAGGAGGUGGGUAGAAGUGCGUUGCAAAUGAAAUGUACGAACAAAUUAUGCAAUGAGAAGUUUCGUCAUCAUGGUCUCUAGCUCAAGCUGGCCUUCUGAAUGUAUACUGUAACAAUUAUCCUGGCGGGGGCAAAAAUAAAGUAGGCCUCAAGAUUACUUCGUUUUUAGUUACAUGAGGUUUUUUGAAUGUGGGUGCCCGCAUAAAGCCACAAGUAGCAUUACUCCACCUUGAUGGAUGUCUUUCCAUUGUAUGUGAUGCCCAUAGCAUUUUUGUCAGUUUUUUCAGAUAGUUCAUCAAUGGCCAUUUUACCCCUGGCGGGAAGGGAUUCAGUGAAAGUAAAGUGUCUUGCCAAAGAACACAAUACAGUGACCUGGCUAGAGAUCGUAUCCGGACUGCUUAGUUGAGGGUGCAGCUAGCUUUACUACUCCCAUGCAGUAUUUAACCACUUGAACUAGUUACCCAGGUCCCACCCUUAAAUAAUCGACUAGGUGUACAAACCAGAGUUCUACCAUCAUUCUAGUGGAACUCAUUGGAAGAUGAACAAAAAAUUGCCAGCUUUUAAACUUCUACUUAAGUAAUGCAUGGAAUUUUAAGACUCUUUGUCAACCUGGUUAAACAAACAAAACGAGGCUCUUUAAUUCAUUUUCAUAUACCUGCUCCAUCAUGACAGUUUUAAUUGUGGAGAUGUCUCUAAGCAGUGUUUGACGGUGAUUAUUUCAUUCCAUAGUGUCUGGGUUGGUCGUGGUACCUUGCUAACGACAUGCAGUUUUAUGCGAUAAGUCCAAUUUUAAUCUACAUCAUCUACAGGUAAAUUUGAUUCAAUUUUAUUUUAGUAUAUGUAGAUUUGUCUUUAAUAUUGGAAAUGUAGAUGUAAGGCAAUAUUUGGCAUUUUCAGUUAAUGUAGCUUGUAAUAUUUCUAAUCAUGUCGUCAGAUUCCAGUUCCGAGGGCUUGCCAUAGGCUUGGGUAGUCUUCUGCAAGCAAGUUUAGUGGUCACUGCUGUGAUCAUUGGAGUUUACAACACGGAUGUACUUGAAUCUGGUGAGAUUCAACAAGGGUAAGACAACCACUGACAACCACUGUAAAUUUGUUUCGUUUAGGUACAAAUUUGGUGUGUAAAAACCUAAGGAAAAGGAUGGAAGUCCGUUCGGUAAUAGUAAAAUUUCCUUAUCAGAACAUUUGACAAUACAAAUGUUGCUGAAACAUUUGAAAUGACCGCGAAGUGUUGAGACGUCUGCAUUAUCCAUUAAAAUUCAGUCCCAAAGUUUGUUCGAAAGUACGCGUUCUCUUUUUUAGAUGAGCAUUCAUUGUUUAAAUAUUACGGAGAGUUUCCCUAAUUGAGUUUUCUCUCUCGAAGCUCGGGAAGCUGAAGAAGCAAGAGCUAGCUAUAGUUGAACCAUGGGAUUUUUCUCAUUUUUGCUCAUAGGUAGAUAAGAAGUAGUGAACAUUCCUGAAGAUGUUGUCUCUGCUAGCAGCGUCCCUGCUGUUUCACUGAAGAAAACUGGAAAAUUUCCAUUAAUCUCGCAGACGACUUCUUUACUCACUAGCCCCAAAUAUCCUCGAAGAUGUUACUCCUUUUUAAAGCAUGCACCUUCAUGUUACUUUCCUGAUGAUGAAAAGUACUUUGUUCUAGAGUGGCAGCAAAUUACCCGGAUGUCUUGCCCUUACUUACUCGCUCACCGUCCUUGAUGAGGCAGAAAUAUAACUGUAGAGAUUACCCACACUUUCACGCACACGCACACGCACACGCCUUCUUGUUACGUCCCUGAUUGUCAAAAGAGCUCGUCUCUUGUCGUGACAGUGCGACUGUAAGUUCUGUUCGACUUCUCCAGUCACGUUGCAAAUAGUUUAACAAAUUUGUUAUGGUAUUCUUAUUAGGUUUGAAAAGAAGUCAGGCAGAGGUAGCUAUACUGACCUUGUUUAUGUAAAGCCGUACUGCCGCAUCGCACCCUACCUCGUGGGCAUUGCCCUGGGCUACCUGAUUCACAUUGAAAAAAAGAAUCCGGGAAAAAACCCGUUGGUAAGUAGCCGGGGUCGAGGAGGAAAUUACAUUGUAGGUGACAACGCAAAAGGUGUAAAGAGCAAUCUUAACAUACUAGCUUUAAAAAAAAUCGAAUAGAAGACUGAACGUCCCCUUUGUAUUUAACAGAACCAUAUAUAGCGCAUUUCGAUUGGCUAACGUUGAACCAGAACCAAAGUAAUCACAAUAGCCAAUCAGAAGAAAGGAGAGCUUCAGAAGGAGCUAAUAAGAACUUCACGCAAAAACAAGCAAACUGCUUGAAGCGCGGGAACAUGCGAGUAACAAAAUUGCCAUUGGUUUUCAUUUUUGAUCUGAUUGGUUGAGAAAGUGACGCGAGUUCUUUGGACCAAUAACAGCGAAAUAUGAGAACACUUAAGCAGUUCCGGCUAGUUUCGACACUAAAAUCUCGUAAAAUUAGAAAAGGAUUUAACUGCUGCUUUCAAAUUAUCCCAUGUUGUUUUUUCAUGUCUUUCAGAGCAAGAUUCCAAGACAGGUAGAGUGCCUUGUUGGUUGGUUUCUCAGUAUUGCACUGGGUGUUUCAGCUGUAUACGGUGUGUAUACAUCUUACAAGAAAGACGGCCGGCCUUUCAACAAGGCUGAGAAUAUAAUUUACGGCACCCUCAGUCGCUUUGUUUGGGGUCUGGCCCUCGCUUGGGUUAUCUAUGCGUGUAACAAGGGUUAUGGAAGUAAGUGUCUCACAUGUUUUCCAGUCAUCAAAAAUGUAGCGCUGUUUAAGUCACGUAAGUCACAGUGAUAAUCAAAUGAAUUUGAGAAUAUAUGAAGGGUCUGGAAAUGAGUAAAUGAGUGGAGAGAAUCAGAAGGAAGUCACGGUACUGAGAAACAGUUGGUAGAGCAAACUCGUGAGUUUUGUCAUUGAAAGGGGUCGAAAUAUAUUCAUCAUUCUUUUUAUUAAUAAUUUGUAUCCGUAAAUGUUAGUUGGUAUCGUUCACGUUACCUACAUCAAGUCAUGGCCAUACCACCUAAAGAAAUACGAUAAAGAUGAAACUUAAAGAAAAAUAUAAAGUGAUUUCUACUAUUCAAACAAAUAGAGAAAUAAAGUUGUUUUUCUCAAAACGUUUUCCGUCGGAUAAAAAACAUAUUAAGUGGUAGUUGAUUGACUGACAAACUGAUCAACUGACGGACGGGGGGGAAGGACUGAAUCAUUUGAUUAUUUAAUUUUCAUGUGUAGGUUUGGUGAACAAGUUUCUGUCAGCAUCGUUCUGGAUUCCCCUAAGCCGCUUGACUUACAGUGCGUACCUUCUUCAUCCAAUCGUUCUCUUCGUUUACUUUGGGUCUUUCCAACACACCACGGAGUACAGCGAUAAAGAUUUCGUAAGACCUAUUCAACUGCAUGCCUUAAUUAUAUCAGAAUGAAACCUUGAAAUAAUUUUAUUCCCAGCUGUCCAAAAUGGGGGCUUUUUAAAGCGGGAAUAUAUUGUCCGAGUAAUGUUGGGCCGAGCGAGGAAACAUUUUGCUGAUGGCGCUAGAUCCGCACAUCUUGACCUCGAGCCAAAUGAUGUCCCGUCUGGCCGGACCUAACUCGUUCAAUAACCACUUUAUAAUAUGAGCGCCGCUCUUUCUCUGACCACCUUUCUUCUCUCAGCUCGCUUCUUACAGCGUGGAAGGGAUUUUUUCGAUUAACAGCUUUUAAGUAGAGAUUUUGUAAAGUUUUUCAAUGAAAGCACGGGCAGAGCCCUACAGAUAAUGAUAAGACAUACUUCUUGAGAGCCACCAUUCAAGUCGUUUCUAGCUGGAACGAAUACCAUUCACUUUAUGCAUUUCUUUAAGUUAAAAACAUACAAGAUUUAAAACGAAAACGCAAUCAAAAUUUCGUCCAAAAUAACUUGAAGCGUCAGCUAAUCGUAAACUUUUUAUUUUCAGGCAUUUUAUUAUGUUGCUGUGAUAGUCAUGUCGUAUGCAGCAGCUUUCAUUCUCGCUAUCGGCGUGGAAGUUCCCACAAUGCAGUUAGAAACAGUGUUGUUCUUCCGACGCAUGAAGUCACGGGACUGACACGAGCUACUGGCAACCAACCGUGUUUGAGGAACGUGGAUGUAUAGAUGGUUUAUUGGACGUUAUCUUUUCAUGUGAUCGGGGUUCUAGGAACUUAAUUUUGUAUGACUUUUUUUAAAAUUCUUAUUUAUAAAACAAUAUUUAGAAAGCGGACAAUACAAUACUAAUGCAAUCUGCGAUACAAUACUCAUUGACCAUUGCCAAUGAUUAUGCUACCUUACUUACAAGACUAUUAAUGAUGAUACGUUAGUUAUAUUACUGAUUGAGUUGCGUCACUUAUGUUGUUACUUACUACGUUACGCUACUUAAAAUAUUUCUCUUUUUUGACACUUUACAUUACUAACAGACGCUACUUACUCUAAGUCUUACAUUAUUAUAUUAUGUAGCGUAAAAAAUACAAAAAAGCGCAUUUCACCGCCAAUGUUACAACCCCUUUUUUUUUUCAAAUGCAAUUAUUAGCAAUCUAGGGUAGAAAUUACAAUAUAUCUUGAAAAGAACGUUCUUGGCGACAGUGUAACACCUACAUUACACCCCCUUCGUAAACUUCAUCGAGAAAAUAGCACACGGUUUGUUACAAUAUCUUUUUCUUUUUAUGAAUUAUUUUGUCACAAUGAUAAUGAGAUAAGACGAAUGCAUUUAACCCAAAUGCUUUGGUAUGGCACAAAUUUCACAUGGAAUUAAAAAGAUAAUUUUUACUAAACUUUACACUCUUAUUAGCUUUGUGUAGUUAGUGAUACACUAGGCAGCAGCUUUCCUGUUGCCAUGAUAAUUAUCUUAGGAAGAGGAAACAACUUUGCAGACGCCAAUGCCGUGAAGAAUUUGAUGAAGACAUAGCUGUCAGUACAGUUAACCCUUUAAGUCCCAUUAGUGACCAAGACAGAAUUUCUCCCUUCACUAUCAGUACAAUAUUAAGCAGACAAGAAGUGAGAGUAAAGAUUAAUAUCAACUCGGGGAUUAUUGGUUCAUCCAAUUUCAAAUUCUCCAAACUAACAUCAUAUGAAUUAUAUGGCAGAUAGUAAGGAGGAUUACAAAUGACAGCACCUCUGCACGAGAGACGAAGCUUUUCAGUGUUGCGCUGGAGACUUUAUCAUCAGAUUCGCUUGAUUAGUAAAAGAUUAGGAAAGUUAGAAUGUCAAGAAAGCCAAUAUCAGCAGAGAAGAAAUAUGUGGGAUUUAAACUGUUGUUUUUUUAACGAACAGAUUUCUACUUAUAGUAAGGGGAAAAAAACGAUUUUGCUAACUUCAAAUUUCAACAUUUUCCGUGUGGAGGGGAGGCCGGAAUGCAUUCAACCCACCGUUCCGAGCUAAACCUCUAUCGGGGGGUCCUUUCGCCUUUGCCCCUGAACACCCGGCCUACACAACUUACAAAAUUAAACUCGGGCACGCCCGUGUUUGAGCGCGCGCAUUUUGAUUCGAAUAGAACAUCAUAAUGGUAACAUGACAUCACAAU